AUGGCUGUUCCUACUGACAACCGAGAAUUUUGCAAAAUAUUAAAUGAUGAUGAUUUAUUAUCUCAAUUCGUUUGCGACCAAAAUUUGGCUCAAAAAAGUGAUGAACAUACAGAACUAUCAACUCAGACUGAAUUUGCAAAUAAAGUAUCAUGUUGUUAUUAUUAUCUCGGACGUUUACUAUGUGAUAACAAUGAAGAAAAAACAUCGCAUUUACAAGCAGCACUCAAAAAUUAUCCAAAAACCGAAACUAAUUCUUAUGAACUAACACACUGUUAUAUCUUAUUAAGAGAUAUAAAUAAAAAUAAAAGUGAUUUCAACGAAGCAAUCAUAAAUUAUAAAUCAGCAAUUGAUUUCAGAUGUGCCUGUAGGAAAUGA